GCCAAACAACACUACAAGUCUACAACCACCACCUCCUCCUCCUCCUCCUCUUCCGCGCUGUGCCACUUGGUUCUUAUACCACACCGCCACUGCCCAGGAGCCGAGAUCGACCAGGUGAACCAAGAACACCAGCUGCUGCUGCUGUGUCCACUGCUCGGAGGACAGGACAGCUAGCGGCUAAGCGGCAUGGUUGGCGUUCAGAUGAUGCCGGCGGUCGGCGCGGUGGCGGCCGUGGACGUGAGGGCGGAAGGGAGCAUGGCGGGGCUGAGGACGAGGCGCGUGGCGGUGAGUGGCGCUAGCCUGUUCGCUGGGGACUGGAGGAGGCGGCCUCGCCGGCCGGCGUGCUCGGUCAGGGUCCACCGGCAGGGACGGAGCAGGGGGGGACUCGCCAUCGUCUGCAACCUCGCGGGGCAGUACGAGGACAGCUUCGAGGACGUCCAAUUGCAACUGAUGAAUUACUUCACCUACAAAGCUGUGAGGACCGUGCUUACCCAGCUCUACGAAAUGAACCCGCCAAGCUACCGUUGGUUCUACAACUUCGUUGCUGUAAACAAACCUACUGACGGCAAGCUAUUCCUUCGCGCUCUCAGCAAGGAGAGGCAGGAGCUUGCAGAACGAGUGAUGAUAACCAGGCUUCACUUGUAUGGGAAAUGGAUAAAGAAAUGCGACCAUGGAAAGAUGUAUGAGAAGAUAUCUGACGAGAACCUGAUGCUGAUGCGAGAGCGGCUCAUGGAGACGGUGAUCUGGCCAACCGACGACACAAACACUACAGAGAAAAUCGGUUGAUGCGUGCCGAGGCACACGAUUCUUUUGAGUUGCGAAUUAAGCCUAGCUCCUUAGGUAGAGCACUGUGGUUUCUGCACCAGUCAGUCAGCUGUAUAUAAGAUGUAGUACAUUAUACUUUGGUGUCGAUCAGCAGUGCAAGAUCGAUCAGUGUAUGGCAAUUUGAGGUGUUACAAUGCUGAUGUACCCUCCCUAGUCUCUACAGUUAAUUUAAGGGAAGCAAAAUACUUUACUUUGUAAUUUGUAUGAAUAAUGAAGCUUUGGUUCAUUUCA